AUGUCAAUAUUGACUAAUACAUAUGAACACAGGUUAACUAGUCGGAAGAUUUUCAAGCAAAUUACACGAAUAAAUGAUUGUGAUUUGGAUGAUGACGAUGAUGAUGAUGAUGCUUUGGAUGAUGACGACGAUUUGUAUGAUGAUGACGAUGAUUUGGAUGUUGAUGACUUGAAUGAUGGUGUUGAUGAUGAUGAUAAUGAUGAUGAUGAUGAUUUGGAUGAUGAUGACGAUGACUUGGAUGUUGAUGACUUGAAUGAUGGUGUUCAUGAUGAUGAUGAUGAUGAUGAUGAUGACGAUGAUUUGGAUGUUGAUGACUUGAAUGAUGAUGUUGAUGAUGAUGAUGAUGAUGAUGAUGACGAUGAUUUGGAUGAUGAUGACGAUGACUUGGAUGUUGAUGACUUGAAUGAUGGUGUUCAUGAUGAUGAUGAUGAUGACGAUGAUUUGGAUGAUGAUGACGAUGACUUGGAUGUUGAUGACUUGAAUGAUGAUGUUGAUGAUGAUGAUGAUGAUGUUGACGAUGAUUUGCAUGAUGAUGACGAUGACUUGGAUGUUGAUGACUUGAAUGAUGAUGUUCAUGAUGAUGAUGAUGAUGAUGAUGACGAUGAUUUGGAUGUUGAUGACUUGAAUGAUGAUGUUGAUGGUGAUGAUGAUGAUGAUGAUGACGAUGAUUUGGAUGAUGAUGACGAUGACUUGGAUGUUGAUGACUUGAAUGAUGGUGUUCAUGAUGAUGAUGAUGAUGACGAUGAUUUGGAUGAUGAUGACGAUGACUUGGAUGUUGAUGACUUGAAUGAUGAUGUUGAUGAUGAUGAUGAUGAUGACGAUGAUUUGCAUGAUGAUGACGAUGACUUGGAUGUUGAUGACUUGAAUGAUGGUGUUCAUGAUGAUGAUGAUGAUGAUGAUGACGAUGAUUUGGAUGUUGAUGACUUGAAUGAUGAUGUUGAUGAUGAUGAUGAUGAUGAUGAUGACGAUGACUUGGAUGUUGAUGACUUGAAUGAUGGUGUUCAUGAUGAUGAUGAUGAUGACGAUGAUUUGGAUGAUGAUGACGAUGACUUGGAUGUUGAUGACUUGAAUGAUGAUGUUGAUGAUGAUGAUGAUGAUGAUGACGAUGAUUUGGAUGAUGAUGACGAUGACUUGGAUGUUGAUGACUUGAAUGAUGGUGUUCAUGAUGAUGAUGAUGAUGAUGAUGACGAUGAUUUGGAUGUUGAUGACUUGAAUGAUGAUGUUGAUGAUGAUGAUGAUGAUGAUGAUGACGAUGAUUUGGAUGAUGAUGACGAUGACUUGGAUGUUGAUGACUUGAAUGAUGGUGUUCAUGAUGAUGAUGAUGAUGAUGAUGACGAUGAUUUGGAUGUUGAUGACUUGAAUGAUGAUGUUGAUGAUGAUGAUGAUGAUGUUGACGAUGAUUUGGAUGAUGAUGACGAUGACUUGGAUGUUGAUGACUUGAAUGAUGGUGUUCAUGAUGAUGAUGAUGAUGAUGAUGACGAUGAUUUGGAUGUUGAUGACUUGAAUGAUGAUGUUGAUGAUGAUGAUGAUGAUGAUGAUGACGAUGAUUUGGAUGAUGAUGACGAUGAUUUGGAUGAUGAUGACGAUGACUUGGGUGUUGAUGACUUGAAUGAUGAUGUUGAUGAUGAUGAUGACGAUGAUUUGCAUGAUGAUGACGAUGAUUUGGAUGUUGAUGACUUGAAUGAUGAUGUUCAUGAUGAUGAUGAUGAUGAUGAUGACGAUGAUUUGGAUGUUGAUGACUUGAAUGAUGGUGUUCAUGAUGAUGAUGAUGAUGAUGAUGACGAUGAUUUGGAUGUUGAUGACUUGAAUGAUGAUGUUGAUGAUGAUGAUGAUGAUGAUGAUGAUGAUGAUGAUGACGAUGAUUUGGAUGAUGAUGACGAUGACUUGGAUGUUGAUGACUUGAAUGAUGGUGUUCAUGAUGAUGAUGAUGAUGAUGAUGACGAUGAUUUGGAUGUUGAUGACUUGAAUGAUGAUGUUGAUGAUGAUGAUGAUGAUGUUGACGAUGAUUUGCAUGAUGAUGACGAUGACUUGGAUGUUGAUGACUUGAAUGAUGAUGUUCAUGAUGAUGAUGAUGAUGAUGAUGACGAUGAUUUGGAUGUUGAUGACUUGAAUGAUGAUGUUGAUGGUGAUGAUGAUGAUGAUGAUGACGAUGAUUUGGAUGAUGAUGACGAUGACUUGGAUGUUGAUGACUUGAAUGAUGGUGUUCAUGAUGAUGAUGAUGAUGACGAUGAUUUGGAUGAUGAUGACGAUGACUUGGAUGUUGAUGACUUGAAUGAUGAUGUUGAUGAUGAUGAUGAUGAUGACGAUGAUUUGCAUGAUGAUGACGAUGACUUGGAUGUUGAUGACUUGAAUGAUGGUGUUCAUGAUGAUGAUGAUGAUGAUGAUGACGAUGAUUUGAAUGUUGAUGACUUGAAUGAUGAUGUUGAUGAUGAUGAUGAUGAUGAUGAUGACGAUGACUUGGAUGUUGAUGACUUGAAUGAUGGUGUUCAUGAUGAUGAUGAUGAUGACGAUGAUUUGGAUGAUGAUGACGAUGACUUGGAUGUUGAUGACUUGAAUGAUGAUGUUGAUGAUGAUGAUGAUGAUGACGAUGAUUUGCAUGAUGAUGACGAUGACUUGGAUGUUGAUGACUUGAAUGAUGGUGUUCAUGAUGAUGAUGAUGAUGAUGAUGACGAUGAUUUGGAUGUUGAUGACUUGAAUGAUGAUGUUGAUGAUGAUGAUGAUGAUGAUGAUGACGAUGAUUUGGAUGAUGAUGACGAUGACUUGGAUGUUGAUGACUUGAAUGAUGAUGUUGAUGAUGAUGAUGAUGAUGAUGACGAUGAUUUGGAUGUUGAUGACUUGAAUGAUGAUGUUGAUGAUGAUGAUGAUGAUGAUGAUGACGAUGAUUUGGAUGAUGAUGACGAUGACUUGGAUGUUGAUGACUUGAAUGAUGGUGUUCAUGAUGAUGAUGAUGAUGAUGAUGACGAUGAUUUGGAUGUUGAUGACUUGAAUGAUGAUGUUGAUGAUGAUGAUGAUAAUGAUGAUGACGAUGAUUUGGAUGAUGAUGACGAUGAUUUGGAUGAUGAUGACGAUGACUUGGGUGUUGAUGACUUGAAUGAUGAUGUUGAUGAUGAUGAUGACGAUGAUUUGCAUGAUGAUGACGAUGAUUUGGAUGUUGAUGACUUGAAUGAUGGUGUUCAUGAUGAUGAUGAUGUUGACGAUGAUUUGGAUGAUGAUGACGAUGACUUGGAUGUUGAUGACUUGAAUGAUGAUGUUGAUGAUGAUGAUGACGAUGAUUUGGAUGAUGAUGACGAUGACUUGGAUGUUGAUGACUUGAAUGAUGGUGUUCAUGAUGAUGAUGAUGAUGAUGAUGACGAUGAUUUGGAUGUUGAUGACUUGAAUGAUGAUAAUGAUGGUGUUCAUGAUGAUGAUGAUGAUGAUGAUGACGAUGAUUUGGAUGUUGAUGACUUGAAUGAUGAUGUUGAUGAUGAUGAUGAUGAUGAUGACGAUGAUUUGGAUGAUGAUGACGAUGACUUGGAUGUUGAUGACUUGAAUGAUGGUGUUCAUGAUGAUGAUGAUGAUGAUGAUGACGAUGAUUUGGAUGUUGAUGACUUGAAUGAUGAUGUUGAUGAUGAUGAUGAUGAUGAUGAUGACGAUGAUUUGGAUGAUGAUGACGAUGAUUUGGAUGAUGAUGACGAUGACUUGGGUGUUGAUGACUUGAAUGAUGAUGUUGAUGAUGAUGAUGACGAUGAUUUGCAUGAUGAUGACGAUGAUUUGGAUGUUGAUGACUUGAAUGAUGAUGUUGAUGAUGAUGAUGAUGAUGUUGACGAUGAUUUGGAUGAUGAUGACGAUGACUUGGAUGUUGAUGACUUGAAUGAUGAUGUUGAUGAUGAUGAUGACGAUGAUUUGCAUGAUGAUGACGAUGACUUGGAUGUUGAUGACUUGAAUGAUGGUGUUCAUGAUGAUGAUGAUGAUGAUGAUGACGAUUUGUAUAAUUGUUGA